CCGCUGGCCAACACUUCAAAUCCCUUGAUUCAUUUCCAACAUGGCUGUCUGAGCGCUGGGUGCGAUUUCUACAGGAAAUACUUUUUACAUGGCAGUGAAUUUGUGAAGGGCUGCAAUUUUACCGAGGUUACGUUUUCAAAAACAAAUAAAGAUGAGAGAUCAAGAAGUUCAGCUCAUAUCCAGCCAUUAUCAUGAAAAUUUGCUUGAGGCAAUGUGGAAAUUUAGAGCCACUGGGAACCUGUGUGACAUCACAGUGCAAGUCCACUUUCAAGGGGAGCUGGAGGAUUUUGAGGCCCACCAAGUAGUACUUGCUGCAACUAGUGGCUAUUUUAAGACUCACAUUUUGGCCGAUAAACAAGUAAAAAAAUUGUCUCUGACUGAAAUUUCACCCAAAGCCUUUAACAAAUUCUUAGAAUAUGCAUAUUCUGGAAAAAUGGAAGUGGAAAAGAGCUAUCUUCUCAACAUACUGCAGAUGGCAAAGCUGCUGGAAUGCCAAAAUUUAGUAGAUAUUUGUGACGCAAAGCUUCUGAAUCCUGAUAUAGAAAGCAUGCAUGAUGGUAAAGUUGAAACACGAGUGAAUUUGAAAAGAGGGAGGUCUGAAAAGCACGUAAAGAAAGCAUUAGGUCUGAGAAAAAGGUUGAAACUCAAAACCUUGGAUACUCAGAGGGACAGAAAGAUAGAGGUACAGGGCAGGAGGAGUAGCAGCAGGUUAGCAGGUCGCAGAGUGUCUGUGAAUUUCAACAAGAAAAAGACUGUCCACAAAGCAAGACCUCAGUCUGAGGUUUCUGACCCCUCAUUAAGUCCUGAUGAAGCAGAGAUAACGCAAGAGGCACCACUGCAGAUUUGUGAAACAGAAUCCACGGGUCCUAGUGAUCAGAUUUUGCCUGAAAAGGAGGAUCUUGCUGAAAGUGGUUCUGAAUCAGCCUGCACUUUCAACCGGGAUGUGCCAGAUGAAGCUCCUGAGGGCCCUGACUUCGUACCAGCUGAACCCAUGGAAGAAACCGAUGAGGCUGAAAAGGAAUGCAACACAGGCAGUGCAAAGUAUGACUGUCACAAAUGCAUUCGUUCAUUUCGCUAUGAGAAGAGCUACCUGAAGCAUGUCAGAGUUAGUCAUGGGAUCCAGACGGACACUACCUACCGCUGCAUCAUCUGCCAGCAGACGUUUGCCAACCGCUGCAACUUAAAGAUCCAUGAGCGGCAUGUGCACAGUGAUGAGAGGCUCUUUCCGUGUGAUGUGUGUGGCAAGGCCUUCAAACGCAAGAAGGAUGUGACACGACACAGGCGGCAAGUUCACGAGGGUGGAACUGAGCGCCACUACUGCCCCGUCUGUGGUAAAUCUCUAAGUUCCAAAACAGCUCUCACUCUGCACGAGAGAACCCACACAGGUGACAAACCCUACAGCUGCGAUGAAUGUGGAGCCAGGUUCUCCCAAAGCUCUGCUCUCAAAACACAUCAAAGGAUCCACACUGGUGAGAAGCCUUUUGCUUGCGACAUGUGUGAUGCCAGGUUUACUCAGAACCACAUGCUGGCUUACCAUAAGAGAUGCCACACAGGAGAAAAGCCUUUCAUGUGUGAAAACUGUGGGAAAAGUUUUGCCUCUAAAGAAUACCUGAAACACCAUGCCAGAAUCCACUCUGGUUUCAAGCCUUACAAGUGUGAAAACUGUGGAAGAGCAUUUGCUCAACGGAACUCACUUCAUCAGCAUAUGAAAAUACAUACAGGUGAAAGGCCUUACCACUGUAAAGACUGUGAUAAGCAGUUCACUCAGCUGAAUGCUCUCCAGAGGCAUCAGAGAAUCCACACAGGAGAGAAGCCAUACAUGUGCAGCAUGUGUGGUCGAACCUUCACAGACAAGUCUACUGUCCGCAGACACACCAUGACUCAUGACAAGGACACUCCUUGGAAGAAUUAUCUGGUUGUGUUGGAGGGUAAUGUAGAGGGUCGUGUCAAGAAGCCAAAGGGCACCUCUCUGAAGAAGGACAAGGCAGCAGCGAAUGCAGAGGAACAUCAGACAGUGGAGAAGCAGGGUGAACCUAAGUCCCAGGAGAUAAUAACUGUGUCAGAAGAGCCGGUGACCAUUGCUGGGGACUGGACUGGUCCUGGCACCAUAGCGCUGGUCAGCCAUGGAACACUAGGCAGCCUAACAGUUAUUCAAACAGAGGUGCCUGCUGGUACGCAACUGCAGCCCAUUGUCACGGCUGAUGGAGCCAGUGUCAUUUCUCUGGAUAGUUCUGCUGUUGGUAUCCCUGUUACUGUCCCCUUUUCCAUUCCUAUCUCCGUUGCACAUUCCAUCUCUGAGUCAACACCGCUGUCUGGCUCAGUCCGUCUCUCCGAUCCUGUUACGGUUUCUGAUGCCAUGCUGGCUCCAGUGGUCACAUCCACAACAUCGGGAGACACGGUCUCAGAAGCCCUUCUGGCUCCUGCUGAAGUCACUUUAUCUGCCUCUACUGAAUGCAUAACGACACAGUCAGAAGUGGAGCAGGUUCAUCAGGUACAAAAUUCAGACUCCCAUCAGGAAUCAACUUAGCAUGAGCAUACUACAUGGCCAUGGAGAUCUCUACAGGAGACAAUGGAGAGUGAUUUUGAAGCUUCUGUUGUGGUCAAGGCAUUUUCUACACUAUAUCUAUAGGCGCACUAAUCUUUUUCCCUACUUUGAUGUGUAUAUACAUUAAUCACUGCUUUUUGUAGAGAGUGAUUAAGGAAGACAAAUGAUUUGUCACAAUUAUGAUUUUUACAUGUAUAAAAUGUUACAACGUU